UACGGAUGCUGGAGAGUGAAUAAAUAAAGGCGAACAUCAGAUGAACACCAGCCAAUCGGAGAGAUCACUGUAAACGCUUCGUCCAAUCAGAGCGCGUUAUUCCUGGCAUUCGCGACAUCACCAUCACUGAGAGACGCAGCUGAGUUUUAUACUGUGUUCGGAAACUGCGCUUCCUCAGACGACUUAACUUGAGCGGGUCCACGUGUUUAGAGCAGUUUGAUAUAUCAUCAUCAUGCCUGAUUCUGAUGUGAAAGCUCCAGUCUUGCAGCCCCAGCUGGAGGCAAUGGAGGAUGAGUUUGACCCCUUAUAUAAAGAGAAACCAGGCCCCAAGCCUCCUAUGAAAAUAGUGUGGCGAAAUGUCAUUCUGAUGAGUCUUCUGCACAUUGCUGCGGUGUAUGGCCUCUUCCUGAUCCCGUCUGCACACCCGCUCACACUCCUCUGGGCUUUUGCGUGUUUCGUGUAUGGUGGUCUGGGCAUCACUGCAGGCGUUCACAGAUUGUGGAGUCACAGAUCAUAUAAAGCCACUUUACCUCUGCGCAUCUUUCUGGCCAUCGGAAACUCCAUGGCCUUCCAGAAUGACAUCUAUGAAUGGUCCCGGGAUCACCGCGUGCAUCACAAGUACUCCGAGACGGACGCCGACCCUCACAACUCAAACCGGGGCUUUUUCUUUUCUCACGUUGGCUGGCUGCUGGUUCGAAAACACCCGGAAGUCAUCGAGAGAGGACGCAAACUAGAGCUCACUGACCUGAAGGCCGAUAAGGUGGUCAUGUUUCAGAGGAGAUUCUACAAGCUGUCUGUGGUGUUGAUGUGCUUCGUUGUCCCCACGGUUGUGCCCUGCUACAUGUGGGGCGAGUCUCUCUGGAUCGCGUAUUUCAUCCCGACGCUCCUCAGAUACGCACUAGGCUUAAACUCUACCUGGCUGGUCAACAGCGCUGCACACAUGUGGGGAAAUCGGCCCUAUGAUGGAAACAUCGGCCCCAGGGAGAACCGAUUCGUCACCUUCAGUGCUAUAGGUGAAGGCUACCACAAUUACCACCACACGUUUCCCUACGACUACUCCACCAGCGAGUACGGAUGGAAGCUCAAUCUCACCACCAUCUUCGUGGACACCAUGUGCUUCUUGGGUCUGGCCAGUAAUCGUAAGCGUGUGUCUAAAGAGCUGAUUCUGGCUCGGGUGAAGCGUACAGGCGACGGCAGCUACAGAAGCGGCUAAAAAAAAACAUCCUCCAUCUCAAAAGAAAACGGAUGUCCAGCCCAAAAAACCGAAGGCCGGUCAAGGCGCUCUUCAAUCUCCUGCUACCAUUAAAUCUACCAUUAUUAUUAUUAUUAUUCUCAUUUUCUCCUCAUCCCCAGGGGAGAGGGAGCUUUAAUACAGGGAUCUGAGCUGUUUGUGUAGCGCUUAUUCACACUGUGUUUCCGGCUUCCUCUUCUCAGAUAUUCGGGACGCCCCGCUCUGAGCUCUUAUUGCUGACGUGCUCGUUUUUCUCAAUGCAGGAGCUAAACGUGGCGCCCCGUCACCCGCCCGCCGGGGCCUUUUUUUGUGUGACGAGCCCGUGCCAAAUCUAGAUCGGUGCAGUUUGGUAGAAAUUCACGAAGAGGUUUAAUACUUAAUUUAAUAUUUAACAGCUGCACCUUAUUGUCAGUGCUUUGUGUUGCGUUAUAUAUUCUGUUCUGUUGCCAUACUUGCACAAAUUGUUCAUUUGUUUUGUAGGAAUGACGUUUGAAUGGUUGGAAUCUGUAUUAGGGGAUAGCUCACCCCAAAAAAUGAACAUUUAUUCAGCCUUAAGGUGUUUUUUCUUAUGUUAAACACACAAAAAAACAAGACUUUCAAUUGACUUCCAUAGUAAGAACAACAAAUACAAUGCAAGUCAAUGGUUACCGGUUUACAGCAUUCUUCAAAAUAUCUUCUUUUGUGUUCAACUGAAUAGAAGAAACUCAGAGGAUUGAAACUAACUUAAGGAAGACUAAAUAAUGACAGAAUUAGCGUUUUUUGGGUGAAUUAUCCAUUAUUAUAAGUUGAUUAUAGCACAGAUUUGACUUGCAGCCGUGAAACGGCUUCAAAUAUUUUUGAUAGAGAGAUCUUCUUAAAGGGACAGUACACACGAAAAUGACAUCUCUGCCAUUUAUUUACUCUUGUUCCAAAGCUUUCUUCUGUUGAACACGAUUGAACAUCUACUAAACAUUAAAGACAGCCAUUGACAUGAUUAUUAUUAUUUGGUAUCUACUGAUGUUAAUUUCCAACAUUCUUCAGACUAUCUUCUUUUGUGUUCAACCGAAGGAAGUCAUUUUUCAUUUUUGGGUGAACUGCCCCUUUAAGGUUUAAUCUGUAAACACACACACACGCCUACAGAGUGAUGCUAUCUAUAAUUUCAUGUUAACACAUUGAUAAUUAUAGAGAUUUCAGAAUAAUCUGGAUGUUUGUGACUGGAUCGAAUGGUAGAGUUUGCAUGAGAAUGUUGAUUCUUGACUAUUUUGUACUGUAAAUUGUGUUGUCAUUAACUGUACACGAUCAUCUUACUUUUGAGUUCAGAUUUUCCGGUCUGACCUUCAGUUUGUAGAGUACGCUGUAUUAAUACAGAGCUCUGUGAACAGAUUUACAAUAAUUAUCUAAUAAUUUUAGCUCAGAUAUUAUGAGGAUCAUGUGUUUGUGUGAUGCCAAAUACAGUUGUGUUGCAUGUGAGCCGAAUUGUAGCUUUAUGUUUAAUCAAACAUAUUUUCAGAGAUGCUAUUUUUCCAUAUUUGGUUUCAUUCGUCGAGUUGUUUGUCAUGAAAUUGCUUUUGUAAUUCCUCACAGACUUCAUAUUGAGUGUGUGUGUGUGUGUGUGUGUGUGUGUGUGUGUCUCAACCACGACUGUUUCUCUCACACACUGCCUUAUUUGUGCUCUGAGACUUGUGACUUGAGAUGCCAAAAAGUUUUGAGAGAUCUCGUGCGAUUUGGAAGAAGCCUCUGGCUCCUAAAACUAAUGUGACGCUCCUGUUUGUAAUACACCAGCCUGUAAUUAUGAAUAGACCAAGGUUUCAUAAUCAAUUACUGGAAAUAAAGCCUCAAGCAAAGAGCUUCUACA